AUGGAGAAAUCCGGCUACGGCAGAGACGGUAUUUACCGAUCACUUCGUCCAACGCUCGUUCUUCCCAAAGAUCCCAACACAUCGCUAGUCUCUUUCCUAUUCCGCAACUCCUCUUCGUACCCGUCAAAGCCUGCUCUCGUCGAUUCCGAUUCCGGCCAUUCCUUGACCUUCUCUCAGCUCAAAUCCGCCGUCUCUCGACUCGCCCACGGAUUUCUCCGCUUAGGAAUCCGUAAAAACGACGUCGUGUUGAUCUUCGCUCCCAAUUCUUACCAGUUCCCUCUCUGUUUCCUCGCCGUAUCUGCAAUCGGCGCCGUUUUCACCACCGCGAACCCUCUCUACACCACGAAUGAGGUUUCGAAGCAGGUCAAGGACUCGAAUCCGAAGAUUAUCAUCUCCGUCGAGCAAUUGUUCGACAAAAUCAAAGGUUUUAACCUCCCAAUCGUGCUGCUUGGAGAAUCCGUACAGAUUCCUGAAUCGAAUUCGAAGAUCCUCACUUUCAAUAACGUGAUGGAGCUUUCCGAUCCGGUUUCAGAUCUCCCGGUGGUUGAAAUCAAGCAAUCGGACACGGCGGCGCUGUUGUAUUCAUCGGGAACUACAGGGAUAAGCAAAGGCGUGGAAUUGACUCAUGGGAAUUUCAUCGCAGCUUCUUUGAUGGUGACGAUGGAUCAAGAUCUGAUGAGAGAGUACCACGGAGUGUUCUUGUGUUUCCUUCCCAUGUUCCAUGUGUUUGGGUUGGCUGUGAUUGUAUACUCUCAGCUUCAGAGAGGCAACGCUGUGAUCUCCAUGGCGAGAUUCGAGCUCGAGCCGCUUCUUAAGAACAUUGAAAAGUAUAGAGUCACUCAGCUCUGGGUUGUUCCUCCUGUGUUCCUCGCUCUUGCUAAGCAAAGCGUUGUGAAAAAGUAUGAUCUUUCUUCGCUUAAGUACAUUGGAUCAGGAGCUGCUCCUCUUGGGAAAGAUUUGAUGGAGGAGUGUGGUAAAAACAUCCCUAAUGUUUUGCUUAUGCAGGGCUAUGGAAUGACUGAAACGACUGGGAUUGUCUCUGUUGAGGAUCCGAGACUCGGGAAACGAAACUCUGGUUCAGCUGGGAUGCUUGCUCCAGGUGUUGAAGCUCAGAUAGUGAGUGUAGAAACUGGAAAAUCUCAACCUCCGAAUCAACUAGGUGAAAUUUGGGUGAGAGGGCCUAACAUGAUGAAAGGUUAUCUCAAUAACCCUCAGGCUACUAAAGAAACAAUAGAUAGAAAAGGUUGGGUACAUACUGGGGAUCUAGGUUACUUCAACGAAGAUGGUAACCUUUUUGUUGUUGAUCGAAUCAAAGAACUUAUCAAAUACAAAGGCUUCCAGGUUGCUCCAGCUGAGCUAGAAGGUCUUCUUGUAUCGCAUCCGGAAAUUCUAGACGCUGUCGUUAUCCCGUUUCCUGAUGAAGAAGCAGGUGAAGUUCCAAUUGCAUUUGUUGUUCGAUCACCGAAUAGUUCAAUAACAGAGGAAGUUAUUCAAAAGUUCAUAGCCAAACAGGUUGCUCCUUACAAAAGAUUACGACGAGUGAGCUUCAUUAGCAGUGUUCCAAAAUCAGCUGCUGGUAAAAUCUUGAGAAGGGAACUUGUCCAGCAAGUAAGAUCCAAGAUGUAA